AACCCCUCUCUGCUGUUAAUGAAAACCCAAAACCCACGAAGAACCACAGUUAUGGCACGGCCUUGGCUAUUCCGGCGAGUCGUCCACCGCUCUCGACAGCUUUUCGCCGCCUCCGACGACGUCCAGACACUGUACUCAGCUUUUUACCGGUUCCAGUGUCACUACGCCACCACUGUAACUGAUGCACAAGUCUGUAAUAGGAAUGAAAAUGAGAAAGCCAAGUGGUUAACUCUACCACCCUUCACUGCCACCGUCAACGGUGCUGCUUUAGGAAGGGAGAUCGCCGGAGUUAAAAUGGACGUCAAUGAGAAUUCAGCCAACACCAUGACAGCACUCAAAUGGGUUCAACGUUGCUGCCCUGAGUUACCGAAGUCCCUAGUGCAGAAGCUUUUUCGCUUAAGACAGGUUCGAAGAGACUCUUCUAAUGUUGAAGAACAGCGGCCCAAGAGGGUUUCUGCAAAGGAAUCAAUGAAUGUUGGAGAUAGAAUAUUUCUUCCGAUAACUGUUCAGAAGUUUCCCUCUGAGAAAGUAGUUUAUUACCCUUCUAGUGAAGAAGAAAGGAAGUUUGUGCAUAGCCUAGAAUUGUAUAAGGAUGCAGAAAUUAUUGUGGUCAAUAAACCUCCAGGAAUGCCAGUUCAGGGUGGAAUUGGCAUAAAACGCAGUUUAGAUGAACUUGCAGCUAAGUAUAUGAGACAUCAGUACUCAGAGGCCCCUCGCCUGGUGCACAGACUGGAUAGAGACUGCAGUGGACUAUUGGUGAUGGGAAGAACACAAUUAAGUGCUUCAGCUUUGCAUUCGAUCUUCCGUGAGAAAACAUUUGACUCGCAAAAUGAGGAUCUUGAAAGCAAGAAAAGAAUUUUGCAGAAGAAGUACUGGGCGCUUGUCAUAGGAUGUCCGAGACGCUCCGGAGGGAUAAUAUCAGCACCACUUGGAAAGCUGGUGUUAGACAACGGGAAAUCUGAGCGCAUCACAAUCAUGUCGGAUGUCAGAGCACCAUCGGCACAAUAUGCUGUAACAGAGUAUCGCAUCAUUGGAUCCUCCGAGAAAGGUUACACAUGGCUAGAGUUAUCUCCACUUACGGGCAGAAAGCAUCAGUUGCGUGUUCAUUGUGCUGAGGCAUUAGGGACUCCAAUAGUUGGAGACUACAAGUAUGGUUGGCAAGCUCAUAGAAAGCUGAAACAUCUGCCUUUGCCCACUUCAGUGUUGAACCUAGGUGUGGAAAUUCCCAGGCAAAAACCAGAUCCUUUCAACCUUCGUUUAGGGAAUGGAAGUAUUUCAGACAAGCAGCCUCAUCUUCAUCUUCACUGUAAGGAGAUGGUUUUGCCCAACAUUUCUCAAGCUUUGCAACGAGCUCAAGUAGUUUCAGAUGCUGAUCUCGUAGAUGUUGAAAGUAUCAAGCUGGUUGCUCCUUUGCCCUUCCACAUGCAAAAGAGCUGGGAUUGCUUGAGUGCUUGAUUUGUCUUAGAAAUGAUGGCUUCUACUGAGCCACAAGUGCACUACUACAGAGCUGGAGUGAGGACACUGACUAUUACCUCUUCCCGAGACAAUUCGGCAAGGGGUGAUGAUGUUUCCUUGAGGAACUUUGUAUAGUUGGGCCAACUUGAGCUCGACCCAUGACGUGAAAUCAGUUAAGGUUCAGGUCCAAGUCCAAGUUCAUUGGGCUGUGUGGGCUAGGCAUCAUUCCAUAGAUCAGAACCGGGGACUCGGUCCAUUAGUCUGGGUGUUGACACCCUAUCAAGCCCAAAGAGUAGGUUAAUGUUCCCAACUUGUAGCAUUUUCUUUUUUCCAUUUUAGUAAAUGGGAAUAUCAAAGGAACAAGCUGUCGAUUUCAUUAUUGCAGAUUCUUGCAAAACACAAUAUUUAUGUAUUAUUUAUUCUUUUCCCA